ACUGUGACACGACAUCCACAGACUGAAUCCAACUGAACAAUUAUUAGUUUAAAUUAUUUUACCCUACGAUGCCUGGUGGUGUCGUAUUUCUAGUCUGCAUUCCCACGUACAGCUACGAACACGAAUUGAUAUUUGGUGUGCCCUCGAAACUAAAUAAGAAGAAUGAAAAAGGAAAAUUCGUGAUUGGACCAAAAGUGAAUUUGCGUCUGAGAGAAACAAGAACGAGAACUCGAUUAUUGACGCUCGAUGACCAAGACGAAUUGCAAAGUAUCGUGGAAGCUGAGGAUGAUUCGACUGGAAGAAGAAGAGGGCAAGGGCGCCGAGUUCCCGGCCAAAGGGACAGAAACCCGGUUUUCGUGUCCAUGGAAACGGUUCUGGAUGAAUUGCUGAAGAAAUUGAAAGUAGAACACGUCGUCUGGUGCAAAGACAAAGAAGACAUGUAUUACCAGGUGAUAUUUCCGGUACCAGCUGGAGAACCAUGCGAGAAUUGUCUGCACUGUCUAACAGAAAUGGGGAUUGGUGUGAAAAUGAACUCCAUAGUAAGUGUGAUUCCGACCCAGUGCACGUACAGUGGCGUAGGUGGUGGUUCCGCUUACACGGCCAUCAAGGAUGAUCUAGCACGAAGACGAAAAGAAUCGGAAGAUAGGAAGAAUGCCUGGAAAGCGUUCGUGGAAUCAAUACGGUCGAAAUUGACAGUGAAACAAGUUGUGGAUGGCGUUCGCAGUGGUGGUGAUCUUACUUUCGAUUACGUGUUGCUAGUACUGACAGCUGAUUGUUUAGCAGCACUUGGUCUCAUCGAAAACAGUGCGACAAACGUUGUUGCGGCCAUGUUGGUCUCUCCCUUAAUGGGUCCCGUAAUGUCGUUAACCUUCGGGACCAUCAUAGCCGAUAGAAAUCUUCAAUGUGAUGGCUUAAAAAGUCUGCUACUUGGAAUAUUUGUCUCGAUCCUCUUUGGCUUUAUAUUUGGUCUGAUUUUGGGCACCACAGAGAUGCCUUGGGGUUACAACGACUGGCCGACCGAUGAAAUGAAAGGCAGAGGUAAUUAUAGAUCACUAUGGAUGGGUGUAUUAUGGGCUUUGCCAUCAGGUACUGGUGUAGCCGUAGCUUUAUUACAAGGAAGUAAUGGUCCUUUGAUUGGCGUUGCCAUAUCCGCUUCUUUACUACCCCCGGUAGUAAAUUGCGGUUUAUUUUGGGCUCUAGGGUGCAUAUGGUUAAUUUAUCGUCCGAUUAAAAUGCCACACAUAAAAGGGGAAUCUUACACUGACUACAACUCCUCGUACGUCUACGUGUAUACUGAUUAUCUACCAGUAGAAUUCUUCUGCAAUGGCAUAAUCAGUGCCUGUCUGACAUUUAUCAACGUAAUGUGCAUCUUUAUCACGGCAAUCAUAGUGCUAAAGAUUAAAGAAGUAGCUGCACCGUACACAUCUACACCGGAAUUACGUCGCUUUUGGGAGCACGAUAUCCGGCUGGUUCGUGAUAAGAAUAUUUCACGAGAUAACAGCUCGGUAGACUCGAGUUUUUACGAUGGUCUGAGUAAAACGAAACAACGCGCAUUAGAGCAAACGUUAAAUGAAGCAUUGCGAGAAGCCGCAGACGACGAGACGUUUCGCAAGGUUCAAAGAGUGAGCUACGGCCAACACGGCCCGGAAGAGUUCACGCCAAAACUUGGUCGCCACACCGCUGGUAGUGUAAGCAACAUUGCGAACACUGAACUCAAAGAAGCUACUGGAUCCGAUGGUUUUCGUCCAGCAGAUGGAUUAGAAAAUUCCGUUAGCACGAAAGAGGACUUGGCCGCUCUUGAUCGACUGGUCACGUAUCUUCUUGGACAGUCAAACAACGCCAAUUCUGUGAACUUGGAUUCUUGGCGACGUUCCCGUCGAGCAAGUUCACGAGGUUACAGACAAUUACGCAGUACGGGUGCCACUGCUGAGGGAGGCGAGGUUGGCUCCAACGUCGACACAACGCCGCUUUAACUCCAAAAAAUUUAGUAAAUAAAACUUCAUUCGAUUCGUCGAAUUAAUUUGCACUUGUAUUGACACAUAUGCUGCUCGACCAGCACGGAUGUUGCCCACGUUCCUCGGGUAUAACACAACUUUUUAUUAAAGAUACAUGGAAUUACUGCAUUUGCUUUAUAACAACAGAGAUUAAAUAAUUAAGUAGAUUCAUGAAUCAGAUCCUUUUGAACCGUGUUAAUCUUCGAGAGAAGAUGGCUCGGUACCGAAGUACCGAUCUCCAAAAUUACCGAUACCGGGUAAAACGUAAAAUUUCUCGUUUAUCACAGGAUCCAGGGCGGAAGUAACAAUUUUAACGCGUGGGAACGCGUAGGCGAUUGAGUGUACACCAGAUUCUGCCAUAAGCAAAGAUGCAAGUAACACAUUCUCUUCGGCAACAUCGUGAUCCAAUAAAACUCUGAUUGCCAUGAUGGCAGCAGCACCUGUUGCCACCGUUGCGUCCAUUAGUAUUACCCUGUAGUCUUUAAUAUCCUUGGGUAACCGGAGAUAAUAGAGCUGUAAAAAGUAUUAGUGAUAUAUAUAUAGAUUUUAUUAGGAAAGGAAAGAUCUCCGGCUAAUUACCUCCGGCUCUCCAGUUUGUUGGUUCGUUUGUAUAAGUAUCUUUCCUAUUCUUAUAUCUUUACAUACAUCUCUAACAGCUUGUUCCAUGGUUUCACCGGCACGUAAAAUAGAGACACCACAUAUCUUAUCUGUGGCCCCGCGUUUUCCGGGAUACAAUACACCCUGAGGGGUUUCUACGGUCACGUCCUUUAAAUACGCGACGAGAAAUGAUAAUAACGAUAGAAAGAAAGUUGAUCAAUUACAUUUUGACAAUAUAACUCUUACCUCAAAUGGCAAAAGAGAUAAGGCGUACUCGAUGACCAAACGUAUUAAACGCUUGGAAUAAAAUAUAAACUCAUCUCUGUACGUUUCUUUGUUCCUUAUAAAUGUAUGCAGACCCUUAAUUUGUGGUGUGUCUGGAAGCAAGUAAAGAGAAGAGGGUAGUGGCUGACCGAUAGACGAGUGGGCUAAUUUUUCUCUGAGUUUGAAACCCCUCUAAAAUUGGAAGUAAUUAUAAGUAAAUACAAUACAUUAAAAUAGUAUUCAAGGAACAGUUGAUUUUACCAAUUGAAGCUGAGUAUGUACAUGCUGUACAAUAAGUUCUAUCGCGACCUCGUUUUCUCCACCGCGUGGAACAAUAAUAUCCGCGUGUACCAUUAGGGGAGCUAUAUAAUAGUAAAAAGCGGGUUGCACCAUA